GCCCAGACCAAACACAAACAGAAACUCCCUGUUACGUAUUCUCUCAGCAUAGACGCACUCGCGACACUACGACUCGCUCCCACCACCGCGCGUGCCGUGUCAGGCGGCCAUCGCGCUACGCCGGCAGCCGCCACGGAACAUCUGGACCAAACCCCCGCCGGCCACCACCCAGCGCGGCUGCAAAGGCCCCCGGGACUCUACCCUAGACGAGAGCGAGGAGGUCUUGAGAGAGAGAGAGAUGGUCUGGGCGCUGACCCCCGUCGGCACAGAGCGCGGGGCGCAGAAGUACUACAUCUCCGCCGCCGGGACGUACACGGUCGGCCGCAAAGAUUGCGAUAUCGUUCAAACAGAAACGUCGAUAUCCCGAGUGCAUGCGGAGAUAGCAGUUGAAAAGAUGGUUGCCUGGGAGCCACGUUCUGGUGCUCCAGCAAGCCCUUCAUGUGUUAGUGUAGUUGAUCGUUCAAAAUAUGGCACAUUUGUCAACAAGGUACAGGGGACCCAGGGCAGUCGUCUACGUAAAGAUGAAGUUGUGGUGCUUUCCGAUGGCGAUACUGUGACUUUCGGAAAUGGCAACAUGACCUUCAGGUUCUCGUUUGUCCCCAUAGUGGUCUUUUUUCAUGGCAAAAAGUCAGCACGAAUUGAUCGAUCAUUGCAGGCAGUCAUGACAUCUAUUGGUGCAUAUGUUACUCGUAAGUGGUUUGAUACAUGUACACAUGUUCUUGUGGAUGAAUCAUCUCCAUUGACACCUGAGCUCCUUGAUGCAAUCAUCACAAAAAAGCCAAUCAUCUUGGGAAGCUGGUUCAAGGCGAUGGCUGAAAAGAACAUACACACAGAGAUCCCUUCUUGUACACAAUAUAUUCCAAACUUGACUCUUGAUGGGAUGGAUAUAAAGAUGGUUGAGAACAAGCUCAUGGAGAAUUGCCUAGCAGGCCAUACUUUUAUCCUGGGGUCGUCAGAAAAGUAUAAAUUUGGAGAGAAAAUACAAGAGCUACUGGAAUCAACUGGAGCAAAAUAUCUCAGUAUCGAGGAGUUUUGUGCUAACAGCCAGGACUCUGGAGCUGGAGACAAUGACCAACAAAUUCUUCUUGUUCCUGCAAAAUCUCCUUUGGAGUUCAGUAAGAUGCGUCCUCUAUUUCCUUUGUCCAAGACCACUGACGUGAAGCUAUUUGCUGCUAUAUUGUCUGGUCGCUUGGAAGCAGCUGCUAUUGAACCACCUGCUUACAUGAUUACAUCCUCCAAUACAACAGAUGAAACUAUUGUGGCGGAUUCUGAUGUUGAAACAGAUACUGCAAUAUCUGAUCAUACUGUUGCUGCUAGCAAGUCUGAGCACCAUAUUCAGCAUAUGUCUGAUGAUAAAGCAGAAAGUAAAGUUACAAGCAGUGUGAGUGCUGUAAAUUUAGAAGAAACAAACGUCAGCAUCAAUAUUCAGAACGACCUGGAGAAAGAAGAAAUUUUGGAACCCAUGGAGGAGGAUGUUCAGGUCAUAGAGAAAACAGCAAUUUCUGGGUUCAAAGCUGGAGGCGAGGACGUUCAGGUUAUAAACAAGCUGGUGCAGGAUGAGGCUUGUGAUGCUGUUUUCGUGAACAAGGCGCCAAAGGAUGAGAACUUGGACAGUAGCAGGGAAGAGACUUGUCAUGUUAUUUUCAGUCAAGAUCUGAUUGUCAAAAGGGUCCUUCAGCCAGCUCCUGCCGUGUUGACAGAAACUGGAGGUGUUAACUUCAAACGAUUCAAAAAGAGGCAAACCGUGUCUGGAAACAGCUUCAAGGCCCUUAUUCCAUGUGCACAAGAACCAUACAGAGAGUCUGAUUGCGAGAAAGGCACCUUGAACGAUUUCAUGAGAGAGGAGAAGCGGCGAAAGCAAAUGGAAUCCAUUGCAGAGGACCUCUUCAACAACCAGAAGCCGCAGAAAAAGAAGGCGGCUGCGGGCAGUUCAAUCCAGAUCCUGCUCACCGGUUGCCGAUGAAGCCAGAGGAUAAAACGACUCUUCGUCGGAAGCAACCGGAUGGUGGCUCUCUUUUUGGGCACCUUUGUUUCCCAAGUUGUACCGAAGGUUUCUCGUCACCACGAGAGAAGCCAGUGAUGGGAACUACUACUUACUAGUACUACAUAGGAAGGGUGCGCGUAGGAGAUGAAUUGUCAGAUAUCAUGCUCAGAUUUUGGCAAGACGUUUGCAUCACUGCACACACGUCGGAGGCGGCUGUUAGCCUGCACUGUUUCUUUUUUUUUCUUUGACUCAACUUGGGCGUGUUUGGGACUGUUUCGCUUCACCAAAAUCAGUUUCGCUCCAUUAAAUUCACUUUAGAGCAGUUUCAUCCAAAAGUUGUAGCACUAUCAAAGAGAAUGUUUGGCUUUCAUC